UCAAAAACAUUUGCUAUGGAAAUCGGGGUCACGUUCAAUGACUCCGCGCAGUCACCGAAUAUUUUUGACUCUUACGACACGACAGCGUCAGCGGAACGAUUACCUCAUACCAUCUACCUAUUAUUAGGUAGAUACGCAAGCUUCCAUUUACGCCCUAGUACUCACGGAACCGCGACGCAAAACGAACGUUCGUCGAAGAUGAAUAAAUACAUAUUCGUAUUUUUAUUCGUUGUUCAAAUAAUUGCGGUACAAAGCUACAAGAUACUCGGUGUAUUCCCCUCUCUGGACCGCAACAAUUAUGUCACAUACCGAGGUUUGUUCCGAGAGCUAGCGAACCGAAACCACGAUGUAACUCUUAUUAGCCACUUUCAAUUGCCAGACGCGCCACCUACUUAUCGAGAUAUAUUACUCAGUGAUAAACAAGUGUACCAAGGACUGUCGUUCGAAUCAGUUAUAGGGAAUGAAGUUUCGCGAGUGCCGUUUGAAACAUUAGUGUAUACUAAAGCCGGCAACGAUGAUUGCAAGACGCUAAUGAAUAAUAAUCAGGUGCUACACAUGAUAAGAACUCGACCUCGAUUCGAUGUGAUAAUCGUGGAAUCUUAUAAUAGUGAUUGUGGACUAGCAUUGGCGGCAAAUUUAAGUGUUCCGUAUAUUGCUUUCAACCCUCAACCGCUACAUCCGUGGCAUUACAAUAGGUUGGGAAUCAAUUUUAACUCUGCAUACGUUCCGCAAUCGUUACUACCAUACGGAAGAAAGCCAUGGUUCUUUGAUCGAGUGAAGAGUUUUUUGUUGUAUCAUAUUACUAAUUGGGUAUAUUACAUAGGGUCGCAAGUGACGGAUCACGUGUACCUAUAUAAAUAUUUAGGGGAUAAUGUGCCAACGUUGGAAAACAUCGCAUCGAAUGCCAGUUUGGUGUUUGUAAACACUCACAAAUCAGUUUUCGGAGGCCUCGUACGGCCAGAUAAUGUUGUGGACGUUGGUGGAAUACAUAUUAGACCUCCGAAGGCUAUUCCAACGGAAAUCGAACGAUUUAUUAACGAAGCUGAACAUGGAGUUAUUUACGUAAACUUAGGUUCCUCUGUCAAGGACUCCACGCUUCCUAUAGAAAAACUAAACGAAUUAGUAUCAACGUUCAGAAAAUUACCACUUCGAGUCCUGUUCAAAUGGGAAGGAGCAAGCCUGGAGAACUUGCCAAGAAACGUUAUGAGCAUGAGAUGGUUCCCGCAAUACGAUAUCUUAAAGCACGAGAAUGUUAAAGCAUUUAUAUCUCACGCGGGAAUUCUCAGCACUAUUGAAGCAUUGGAUGCCGGAGUACCAGUCAUAGCAGUUCCUUUAUUCGGCGACCAGUUCGGCAACGCUGCAACCCUGGUAGAUGCUGGUGUAGCCACUACUGUGAAUUAUGAAAACUUAAGAAAAGAUUUACUACUAGACGCUAUUAACGACGUUUUAGAUCCAAGGUGGCAACAACGUGCAAAACUUGUUUCUCGAAUGUGGCAUGAUCGUCCCAUGUCUCCAUUGGAAAGCGCCAUCUAUUGGAUAGAAUAUGUAGCUCGAUACAAUGGAACUCCAAACUUAGUAGCGGCAUCUGCUGAUGUACCGUGGUACCAACAACUACAACUAGACGUUUUGGCUUUUGUAGGCCUCGUUAUCUACAUUUUAUUGUAUGUUGUUUAUAAAAUUCUAAGCGUGUGUUGCUGUUGCUGCUGUCAAAGCGAACCUGCAGCGGAAGUUAUACCAACCGGAGAAAGAAGAUCAAAGAGAGUCAAAUUUGAAUAAAGUAAAACUUUAUAGGUAUUAAGUUAUUAAAAUAUGACACGCAUUUUUAUAAGAAAAUAAAGAUUUGUGUACUAUAUUCCAAUGGAAGAAGAAGUAAAGAUAAACGAACCGUGAUAACGAUAUUCCGUGUGAUUUACUAAUAGAUCUGCUGUGUUAAGUCCUACAAACAAUUAUUGAUAAAUAUAUAUUUAUUUAUAAUACAACACUAUUCCUCUGUACUACUUAUAGACACAUUAAUUUUACUUCCAAACAAUGGAAUAUAAAUAAAAACUUUACCGACUUUCGAAACGCCAUUUUUUACGAAUCCAUUAUGAAUACCAUACCUACUAUAGAUUAAUUAUUAUUAUUUUAUCUCGACCAAAAUUGAUAUUUUAAUUAAACCGGUCAAAGUUGUUUAUUUAUCUUUACUACUCCUGGUACAGACUUUAGUUGACUAUGAGACAAGUCAAUAAACUAUUAAUAAGCACUGAUACUUAAUUUUGUAUGAAAUUAUUCGACUGGUGAUGUGAUUAAUUAAACUGAAAUAUUUAUA